UGGCCUCAACCUGUUAAGUUUCACAUUGUACUCUGAGAAAAUAGAUAGAAAAAUCAAGUCCAAGCCUUAGUUUGUUACAUCAUGACUCAGUUGAGCAAAUUGGUUGGUGCUUUUGUUCAAUUCCUGUUUGGUGAUUAGUAGAGAUUAUGAAACUAUUAAAGAGAUAUUCAGUUGUCAAAGUGUCUGGAUUUUUUCCUUCAUGAAUGGAACAUUCAUAAAGCUCCUUUCCCAUGUCAGAACACCUCAAAAUGCUUUACAACCACUGAAAUACUUUUAUUGUUGUAACUAAGAAAUAGGGGUUGGCCUAAAUAGCCAUGCUCUAUGUGAGCUGACCACAUGUGUCAGGUUUGGACAUGUGCUUUCUGAUAAAACCACCAGAUUUGGAUCAGGUCAUGCAGUACUGGCUCAACUCAGUACUUUAUCCAAGUCAGCAUCAAUAUUUGUCAUUUGAUCUUCAAAUAGAACAUUAGCAUGUUUGAAAUUAAUAUUUACACCACUAGUCAUUUACGUAAGAAUUCUAAGUACUUGAUCACAGAUCAGGUUUUAAUUUUAUACCAGAGCAGAAACACAGCAUCCAGUUCACACAAAAAGUCCUUAGGGUCUGGAUUACACCUUUGGGUUUCUGAAGUAGGACACAAGCAUGGGAUCUUCUGAGUCAGGGAUUUACUUUGGGUAAUUUUAGAAAGGAGCUACUUUCUGACCUCUACACUCAGAAGCAGGACAGCCUGAUCCCUACCUACACAAACAGUCAACAUUCUUGCACCUGACUGCAUAAAUCAGCACUAAAAUAAAAGGAGGAAAUGUUGGAAAUACUCAACAGGUCAGUGUCUAUGGAGAAACAAACAGUUAACAUUUCAGGCUGAUAACUUUAGUGUUGAAGCACCAAAUGGCACACAGGAUGAAGUGGACAGGAGAGAUUUGAAAGAGGGUCAGGGCUAUUGGAGAGCAAGGUCAACAGUAUGCAGGUGUGGAUGCAUAGCAUUAAAUGUGGAUCUCAGAAUGAAACAGGAACAAAGAUCUGACAACACUACAGGAAGGAUGUGGAAGCUGUACAGAGGGUGCAGGGGAGAUUUACAAGGAUGUUGCCUGGAUAGGGGAGUAUGCCUGAUGAAAACAAGUUGCGUGAACUCGGCCUUUUCUCCUUGGAGCAAUGGCAGAUGAGAGGUGACCUGAUAGAGGUGUAUAAGAUGAUGAGAGGCAUUGAUCGUGUGGAUAGUCAGAGGCUUUUUCCCAGGGCUGAAAUGGUUGCCACAAGAGGACACAGGUUUAAGGUGCUGGGGAGUAGGUACAGAGGAGAUGUCAGGGGUAAGUUUUUUUUACUCAGAGAGUGGUGAGUGCGUGGAACGGGCUGCCAGCAACGGUGGUGGAGGCGGAUACGAUAGGGUCUUUUAAGAGACUUUUGGAUAGGUACAUGGAGCUUAGAAAAAUAGAGGGCUAUGGGUAAGCCUAGUAAUUUCUAAGGUAGGGACUUGUUCGGCACAGCUUUGUGGGCUGAAGGGCCUGUAUGUGCUGUAGGUUUUCUAUGUUUCUAACACCUGAACAUAUUGAAUGUACCUAUAAUCAUGGUGGAUCCAAAAUAAGAAUGAUGGGAUUUCAGUUGGAAUUCACGUAGAUUGUCAGAGCUGGAGACAUUUGCUGAGGAAAGGGGUUGGCUGUGGAGAAGAAUUUUGGUCCACAUCUUGUCGAAAACAAAGGAUAGAGAAGCCAUGGAGUACAAAUAAAGGUCAGAGAAGCAAAGCAGAAAUCCCGUCCGAGCGAGGAGCGUCCUCAGGGAGCCCAUUCCUACAAGAGAAGUGGCAGCAAAUUCAUGAGUAAUCAACAGGUGCAAAUAAAGCAGGAGCUGGAGGAAAACCUUCCAUAAAAUCAGAGAGGCUGGAAAUCCUUAGCAGGUCAGACAGGGAUAAAGUUAAUGUUUGAGCUCCACGACACUGCCACAGGACCUUUCACAGUGCCGUUGGCAGGUUAUCCAAUCUAAAAUGUUAGCUUAGCUGCCAGCAUUUCCCGCUUCUAAUCCAGACUUCCAGCACCUGUCCAGCACCCCUGGAACUACAACUCCCAGAGUCCACCGCGCACACUGCGGCUGCGCACAACGUGCGGUGGGUAGGCCCCCCUGCGCCAUCAGCGGUAAAAGAAAGCGUCGACCGGCGCCGUCGGCCGAUAACGGGCAGGUGAAGCCGUUGGAAGCGGUGCUUACAUGACAAUCAAUGCGGAGCGUGGCUGUGCUGGCGGCGACCUGCUUUUGUGCCCUCGCCAUCACCGUUCACUUCGGCCUGCGGCUCGGCUACAUGCGCGGCCGCCUCUUCCAGUUCCGAGAGUGGACAACAGACCAGUACGAUCUUGUGAUUGGGAUACUGUCUGCUCGACACCACCAUGACCUGCGGGAUGCACUCCGGAAGACUUGGUUGGGCCAUAUACCGGAACUGAACCAGCGUGUUCUUGCAAAAUUUAUAAUCGGUACUUAUGGCUGUGGCAUACCCGAUGAGGACCGGGAGGAUCCCUACUCCUGUCAGCUGCUCAACUUUACAGACCCAGUUAUAGGACAGGAGAUUGAAGCUGUCAGCCAGUCUGGAAGUCCGGCCUUGAUGAUGCUUGGUAGCAAGGUUUCAAAGAUUGACUUCCGAGUUCUCCACCCCAUUGUCAUUACGAGGCUCGGUGUGUUCCACGACCAGAGGGAAGCGGCCUUCCAUCAGAACCUCACUGUCCGACUUUACCAGACUACACUGGAGGAAGUGAUUGUCAGUGCCCGCUUCAGCCCGCUCAGCUCUGGACUACAAGUCAACCAGAUGUGGUAUAAACCUGUGGAGAGGUUCCUCUUGCCAAAGGGCUUUGAAGGCACCAUUGCUUGGGAGACCCAGGACUCGGAGUAUCUCAUCACCAUGAACCUCACUGAUGUCCUGCUCGACAGUGGAGGGGGCGUCCUCCGGUUUUCUGCGGCCCAGCUGCAGGCUGAGAAGGAAGUGAUCCAGGAUGGAUUCGGCCAGGACGUGGCAGCAGUGGCGGGAGGGUUUACCUACACGAUCCACGAUGGUGCUGCCCUCCUAGAAAGCCUUGCCACAAGGCCCAAGCGGUUUGAAAGCCACGAGAAUAAGCUCAGGGAAGAGGAUGCUGCCUUACGAGAAGAAAGCCAAACCUAUCAGGAUAUUGUUUUUGUAGAUGUGGUGGACACCUACAGAAAUGUGCCACAUAAGUUACUGCACUUUUAUCAGUGGUCUGUGGACUCGACAAACUUCGGGUUGCUGCUAAAAACUGACGAUGACUGUUAUGUGGACGUAGAGGCCGUGCUGGAGAGAGCGGGAGACAGGCUGGGAGCUACGAACAUAUGGUGGGGAAAUUUCAGGCAGAAUUGGGCAGUGGAUGGUAGUGGGAAGUGGAUGGAGCUGGAAUACCCGAGCCUGGUGUAUCCCGACUUUGCCUGUGGUUCUGGUUACGUUGCCUCUUACAACCUGGUCCAGUGGCUGGCAGAUAACGCAAGGACACUCAAAGUCUAUCAGGGUGAAGAUGUCAGCAUGGGCAUUUGGAUGGCUGCUGUUGGUCCUCAGCGGCAUCAGGACAGCCGGUGGUUGUGUGAGAAGAAGUGUCUACCAGGUGCGCUCUCAUCCCCCCAGUAUUCGCCAGGAGAGCUGCUGGAACUGUGGAAGAAUAAGGAACUGUGUGGAAACCCCUGUUACUGUCAAAAGUGAAGACCACUAGUGAGCUCUCAAGCAAGACAGGACAAUAUCAAAGACCUUAAAUGCUGUUGGUCCAGCAUGUGAACACUUCUCUUGAUUGGUUGUGGUCCAUCUAUAAUCAAGGAAUUAAUGAACAGUGUAGGGGUGGGAAUGAAAGGAUCAGAGACACGUUCCCAGCUCUGUGUGGCCCUGCUACCGAUCUUCAGAAUGCUUGUGAGCUGAUGUUGCUCUACCUGUACCACUGGCUUACACACUAUUAUGUGUAACAACAGAAGACUGUCUCAUUCAGCCAAUAUUAGAAACCUGCCUAUUUUUGUAUUUCUAAAAAUUAAAGUACUCUAAAUCCUUUUUUUGGGGGGUCUUUUUCUUGCUGCAGAGUCAAAAGAAAGGAACUAACCAGUGGGAGCAGAAAAUUAGAGGAGAGGUUUGAGUGGAAAACAUCUCAAAAAGACAGUGGGAGAUGGAAAUUUGGCAGUAAGUAGCCAUUAUCCCCAUCAGCAGGAUGCGUCUCCAGCUCCCUGGGGAGAAUAAAUCGAACCUUUCGUCCUGUUUGUCAGUGAUAAGGAUGUACAACUCUCUCCUUCAUGUGUUUGCUGGUAAUUAGAUAGAAGCAGUAAACUGUAAAAGCAGAACAGUGACAGCUAAGAUGUUUAUUACAGGGAAGUGCUGAGAAAGUCACUCAGGGAUUUAGGAUGUGUAACUUGAGCACAAUUUGCAGGAGGCAAAUUGGUAAAUCACAUUCACGCC